GGGGGCGCUGAUUGCCGGGUUAGCGAUGGUGCAGCGGCCGUGGAGGAGGCGGCUGCCGGGGUUGUGAGCGGGGGCACCGGCCGGCAUGGGGCGGUGGCGGAGGCUGCUCCGGGCGUUUGGCUGUUUCCUCCUCUUGUGGCUGCUGUUCGUUGGGCCCGGGGCUGCUGGGGAGCGCCCUCUGCAAGUAUUGCAUGGUUGCCUGUUCGACAGGAGAUUGUGCUCUGAGCAGGAGGUCUGUGUGCAAGAUGGCUUGUUUGGUCAGUGCCAGGAAAGUUCACUAGAAGACCAGCCCUACUUCCAAGUCACAGCACCUGUGCUGCAGCGUCUACAAGAUGUGCUCCGACACCUUAUGGCACAGGGUUUAUCAUGGCAGGAUGACAUCACACAGUACAUGAUCUCCCAGGAAAUGGAACGUAUCCCCACAGUUUACCUUCCUCCAUCACGGGACCUGAUGUCUGAGGACAGGUUCCCACCAAUCCACAUGGUUCCCAGGAGGUCUUCUUUACCACUUAAGCCUGCCUCCUUCCAGGCAGCUCGCCAGCCCCCUCUCCCUCCAGCACUUCUUCAGCGGUACCUGGAACUGCUGCUGCCCUCUCAUCCUGAGCUUGGCUAUAAGGAGGCUUUCCGCUCCUACCCCCACUACCAGCUUAGCUAUCCAGAUGGUCCCUUCCAGGACAACACCAAUCCUCGAAGCCCUGAGGCCCCCAUUCUCUUGGACCGUGCUGCUGCCUCCAAGAGCCUGUUUGGAGUCAGCACUGCCCCUUCGUACAGAGGGCAGCAGGGGCUGGAUGGAGGCCAGCUUUUUCAAGAUCUGGGAACCCUGUUCUUGACACAGAAGCAGACGGGUAAAUCCAGCUCUAAGGAUCAGCACACACAGGAUUCCAGGACAGAAGGCUUCCUUCAGGAUUAUGGUGGUCACUCUGAAGAUGGAGGGGAACCCUGGAAACCUUUGGCAGAAUCAGACCAAGUCGUACAGAGACUCUCGGCAGUACUUGACAGCUAUGGGAUCAGACUGCAGGACCUCAGUCCCCAGCAGCUCAGUUCACUCAUCAGUCUACUCCAACUCCUACAAAGUCCAGGUAGGCUUGGACCAGAAACCCCAGCAUCUAAGCGGGUGACAGAAGCUGAAAUGCAACAUGGGAAUGAGUCGGAGCUGCCACCCUCUCAAGCGAGCUAUGUUAGUUCUGGCCCCACUGAGGGGCAGAUUCUGGCUCAGGUUGACACACUUGGCCCAACCAAGGCCAAAGCAUGGACAACAACGGCUUCCCCAGAACAGCCUGAGUCCCUGCAUGCUGAAAAGGGGGACAAAACUGGUCCUGAGAGGCAGGUGGUGGUGAAGAAGAGCCAUUCAUCAUUGCGGGGACCUGGCAGGGCUGAAGAACUGACAGAGACGGCAUUGGCUGCUGAGGAAUACGGCUACAUUGUCACCGACCAGAAGCCCCUUGGCCUUGCUGCUGGCAUCCGGCUUCUGGAGAUCCUGGCUGAACAUGUGCACUUGUCAACUACCAGUUUCAUCAACAUCAGUGUUGUGGGCCCAGCCCUUACCUUCCGUAUCCGUCAAAACCACCAAAACUUAUCACUGGGUGAUGUGGCCAACAGGGCUGCACUGGUAAAACCACAGCUGGAGUCUGAGGUGGGAGUGAAGAUCCUACAAACAGGUGUGGGGCAGCGCAAUGAGGCUGCAACAUACCCACAUCCUGUGCAUUUUGGUGACACCUUUCGCUCUGUGCUGCUCACCUUUGUGGCACUGGCCUGUGUGGCAGGCAUUGUCAUUGCUGCUGCAGUGGUCUUCUGUUUGCGCCAGCAUGCCAAACAACGUGAGAAAGAGCGGCUGACCGGGUUGGGACCUGAAGGAGCGGCUGAUAGCACCUUUGAGUACCAGGUACUGAAGUGGGAGGUAGGAACAGGCAACCAUUAAGCGCUCCAGCUGGUUUCGGGCCGGGUGGAAAACACCUAACCUCGCUCCUGCCCCAACAGGUAUGGAACUCUCUGCGUAUUGAGCAGCGUCUCUUCGCAGUUCAGUGAUGCACCCCAGGCCAGCCCCAGCUCCCACAGCAGCACGCCAUCCUGGUGCGAGGAGCCUGUGCAAUCCAACAUGGACAUCUCCACUGGGCACAUGAUCCUGGCAUAUAUGGAGGACCAUCUGCGGAACCGUGAUCGGUUAGCCAAAGAGUGGCAAGCACUGUGCGCAUACCAGGCUGAACCUAAUUCCUGUGAUGUGGCCCAGCAGGAGGCAAACAUCAAGAAAAACCGUAACCCGGAUUAUGUGCCCUAUGACCACAUGCGCAUCAAGCUGAAAGCAGAGAGUAACCCGUCUCGGAGUGAUUUCAUCAAUGCCAGUCCCAUUAUUGACCAUGACCCACGGAUGCCCGCAUAUAUUGCGACACAUGGGCCACUCUCUCACACCAUUGCUGACUUCUGGCAGAUGGUGUGGGAGAAUGGCUGCACGGUUAUUGUAAUGCUGAGCCCCCUCGUUGAGGAUGGUGUCAAGCAAUGUUAACGGUAUUACUGGACUGAUGCAGAAUACUCGCUCCUGCGCUAUCGCGAGGUGAACUUGGUAUCAGAACACAUCUGGUGUGAGGAUUUCCUGGUGCGCAGCUUCUACCUGAAGAAUGUGCAGUCCCAGGAGACAAGGACCCUGACACAGUUUCACUUCUUGAGCUGGCCAGCAGAAGGCAUUCCCACCACCACACGGCCCCUUCUCGACUUCCGCAGGAAGGUGAACAAGUGCUACCGGGGUCGCUCAUGCCCAAUCAUUGUGCAUUGCAGUGAUGGUGCUGGGAGGACUGGCACUUACAUCCUCAUUGACAUGGUUCUGAACCGAAUGGCCAAAGGUGUGAAGGAGAUCGAUAUUGCAGCCACCCUAGAGCACGUGCGUGAUCAGCGACCCAGCAUGGUGCAGACUAAGGACCAGUUUGAGUUUGCACUGACAGCUGUGGCUGAGGAGGUGAAUGCUAUCCUGAAAGCGCUGCCACAAUGAUGCCCACCCUUGGCGCACCGUAGCUUUGUGAGACACCCCCAUCAUUGACCCUCUGCCUCUGCUGUGCUCUGUCCUUGCCUGAGGUGUUCUCUUUUCAUCAAGUCCAUCUCCAUGCUGUUGGCCAUGGCAGUGUUUUAAGCCACCUGUGGGGAUGCUGAGCGUCAGCUUCCUUCCCGUCUUGGUCCCUGUCUUUCUCCCUGAAACCCCAACCUGGCCCUGGUUCUUCUGGCACUAGCCCUUGGCGGCUGUGCCCUUUGGACUCCCGGAGGCCAGUUUACUGCCCCUGAGGGGCCUGAGCAUUCUGUAUGGCGUUCCAUGAACUACCAGGAGCCACGAUCCAGUCUGAAACCAGACAUCCUUAGCAUCAAGUGUAAUCUGUGGUGCUGGAGUGUGCUUCUGCUCAUGGUCACUGUGUGCAUGCUGCAUUCUCUGGAUGUGGGGGAGCAGACUUGAUGGCCCAUGAUAGGGUGACUCCUGCUAUAGAAUGCUGGCUGCCCCCAGAGGCAUAAGACUGGCUUAUGGCUGGACCCUGUCAACCGUAUUCCCCUUUGAUUCCUUCCUUGUCAUCUGGCUCCUUGUCAUCUGGAGACCACCACUCCUGUGUUUGUGCCCCAGCUGGGUUGGGAAAGGGAGAGAGAUGCUGCUUCUACCACAAUUGUCAAUUUCUCCCCUUGUUUUCUUGAGAUUUGAAGCCAAGCCAAGCCGCACCACAGCAAUCCUCUCCUUACCUAAAGGGCGGAAGGGGGCACCAUAGGGGAAUGGGCCCACAGCUACUCCCUAUUGUGUUGUUCCUCUUCCUUAUGUUACUGACAUCAAGAGACAUUUUUAGAAAAUCUAAUUUUGUAUUUGAUGUGAAUAAAGUUUUUGUGUCGCGUUUGUGCAGCUGCA